UCGAAUGAGACCGUGUGGGGGUCGAAUAUAAACAUUUGAUCGUACGAGUGGAAGAAUCCUGCGUUGAUGCUGUUGGAUAACGAUGGGGAGCAAAGGACGACCGAGUGACUAUGGCUGGCUCGCUUUUCGUCUGUGUUUACUGGGAUUUUUUGGAGAGCAGGCAUUGGGUGAAUUGAGAUACUCUAUUCCGGAGGAGGUGAAAGAAGGAACCGUUGUCGGGAAUGUCGCCAAGGAUCUAGGUCUGGACAGAACGUCUCUGGCUGAUCGACGUGUCCGUGUUGUUUCUGGUUCUAAGGAGACGUUCUUUGAGGUAAACCCGGACAGCGGGGCUUUACAGGUCCGGAGCAAAAUCGACAGGGAGGAGCUCUGUCACGGCAGUGGUGCCUGUGUUAUGGAGCUAAAGAUUCUUGUCGAAAAUCCUCUGGAAAUGCACCAUGUCGUUAUUGAAAUCACUGAUGUGAAUGAUCACGCUCCCAGUUUUUCAGAAAAGGCCCAGACAUUUGAAAUAGGAGAGCAAUCGUCUCCGGGAACGAGAUUCGAACUGCACGCGGCUCGUGAUCCCGAUGCUGGAAUAAAUUCCAUCCGCACAUACACAUUAACGCCAAACGAUCACUUUGAAAUAGAUAUUAGUAAUAGCGAUGAAGAUAAAAUACCAUUUUUAGUGCUGAAGAAGGCAUUAGACAGAGAACAAAAGAAUAAACACGUGUUAAUUGUUACUGCAGUUGACGGAGGUAAACCUCCGAGAUCAGGCACACUGAAUGUUUCCAUUAUCGUUCUAGACAGUAAUGAUAAUCGUCCAAUGUUCAGUCAGGAGACUUAUCAAACAGAAAUAUAUGAAAAUGCUCAAAUUGGCGCUGCUGUUACAAAAGUAAAUGCAACGGAUCCAGACGAAGGUAGUAACGGAGAAAUCGAGUACAGCUUCAGCAAAACAAUGGCACGUAAAAUCUACGAGAUAUUUGAACUGAACAGUUUAAGUGGACAAAUUAAAUUGAAAGGGCCGUUGGAUUUUGAAGAUUCGGAAAUUUAUAAACUGGAAGUCCAGGCAUCAGAUAAAGGGCAACCUCCAUUAACAGGGAGAUGUAGAGUUAUUGUAAAGAUUAAAGAUGUCAACGAUAAUCCGCCAGAAAUAGAAGUGACAUCCCUUUCAAAUACAGUGACUGAAGAUUCAAAACCUGGAACAGUUAUUUCACUUAUCAGCGUGACGGAUAAAGACUCAGGUGUAAAUGGAAAAGUUAUUUUGCGCAUAAACGACGGCGUGCCUUUCGAGUUAAAACCCUCCUAUAAGGAGAAUAUUUAUUCAGUUGUUACUAAAGCAUUAUUAGAUCGAGAGCAGGUGCCACAGUUUGAAAUAAUUAUUAAAGCCAAUGAUUGUGGCGAACCUCCCUUAUCGACAUUUAAAACUUUAAACAUUCAGAUAUCAGACGUAAAUGACAACAGUCCACAUUUCAACCAAAGUCCAUUACAGUUUUACCUGUCAGAAAAUAAUGUUGCUGGAGCGGCAGUAUUCUCUGUGAGCGCAAUUGACAGUGACAUUAAUGAAAAUGCGGCUAUUUCAUAUCAUAUUGCGAGAGGAGGGAGUGGAAAUGACGUGACGUCAUCUUUCCUAAAUAUAAAUUCCGAUAAUGGGCAAAUUUCGGCGCUAAAAAGUUUUGACUUUGAAACAGUGAAAACUUUCCAAUUCCACGUUGUUGCGUCAGAUUCUGGAACUCCGUCCCUCAGCAGCAACGUCACAGUGAACGUGUUCAUUCUGGAUCAGAACGACAACGCUCCAGUCAUCCUGUAUCCAAUCAGCUCCAACGGUUCUGCUGAAGGUGUGGAGGAGAUUCCCCGCAAUGUGAACGCAGGACACUUGGUGACUAAAGUCAGAGCCUAUGACGCUGAUAUAGGAUAUAACGGCUGGUUACUGUUUUCACUGCAGGAAGUUACUGACCACAGUCUCUUUGGUUUGGACCGCUAUACAGGACAGAUCAGAACACUUCGCUCAUUCACAGAGACAGACGAGGCUGAGCACAAACUGAUCAUACUGGUCAAAGACAAUGGGAACGUGUCCCUCUCAGCAACAGCUACUGUCAUCGUCAAAGUCGUGGAGCCCAAAGAAGCUUUUGCAGCUUCUGAUGUGAAAAGCUCAUCAAAAGCAGAGGAGGACAGUAACGUGACUUUUUACCUGAUGAUAACUGUGGGCUCAGUUUCAGCUCUUUUUCUCGUCAGUAUCAUCGUGCUGAUUUCAAUGCAGUGCUCAAAGUCCACAGACUACACUUCAAAAUAUCUACCAGAGCCUAAUUAUGAUGGGACACUAUGUCACAGCAUCCAGUACAGAUCUGGAGACAAACGCUACAUGUUAGUUGGACCCAGGAUGAGUAUAGGAUCUACUAUAGCCCCAGGAAGCCAUGCCAACACACUAAUGCUGCCGGAAAGGAGGGGGAUGUCUGGAGAGGUAAGCUGGAUGACUUUUGCUUGA